UCUACCAUCUGAUGGUUUGUUGUGACUAUUUGCUGGUAAAUUAGGUUGAAGCAUGCAAGUGUCCUUUGUCAACUGGACAUAUUUAUGUCAACGCCGCAUGCAAUUUAAAUCAAUAAUCGCAGGGAAAGCGCCAUUGUUGGAGGUCCUGCAGGACGCCACGGUCAGUUCAAAUUUGCAAGGCUGAGAGAAAAGUUCAUUAAUGGAAUUGCGUACAAAAGUGGCUAUUUUUCCCGUUGUCCUGGUGGGAUUUUUGCUCUCCAUGGGCGAUGGGUAUCUGAAGAAUGUUCGCGUGGAGGAGAUUCCAUUCGCGGGACAACAGGUAGCCAGGAGCAGUAGCCGAGCCAGCGGCAUCCACCUCAUAUCCAGUAUCGAGCACCAGCGCACCUUUUUGCACCUCUUUCAUGUGCCCUAUAUCAUCUGCUUUUACGCUGCCAAGGGAAAGUGGCCGUAUGUCCCAGGAUUCAUGAAGUACCGAGUGGAUAAUGCAGCUCGCAGUUUCUUUCACCAGAACGACAGCUUCAUCAAACAGUUUUGUACAAAGUGGAUCCAGGUGAAGGAGUGUUUUCGCCCCAUUUUCGACAAAUCCAACACCACUAGCUCCGAGGCGGAUGUAGAGACCCUGGAUGCUAAGAUCCAGAAUCAGCGAUGUGACUGCGACAAACUGCUCUCCACGGAGGCCCCAGUGCCUGUGGUAUACUUUGACAAAAACUACAUUGGAAACGUAAGCACUGAGACUAUCAUGAAUACGAUCGAGUUUCUUGAGAGCUUCCUGCCGCCGCCCACUAAAAAACAUAAACGCAAGAAUCGUGUAAGAGGUCGCUUGGAUGAAAUUGAUAUUGAUUAAUGAUUUUUACUCAAAACUUAAAAUUGGCCCCAAUAAAGGAAUUCAAAUUAGCCCGCUAAA